AUGGAGUCAUGGCUUAUCCUCAUUAUCAUCCUCAUCCUCACUUUCUUCAUCUCUUUCUUCCUCAAAUCCAAUAAACAGAAGAAAUUUCCACCAGGACCCUCUGUUUUCUCUGUGAUUACCAGCUUCCUACGCGCUGAUGCUGAUAUAGAACUCAUCGCGAGGGACCUCAAGACUAAAUAUGGUCCUAUUUUCAAUUUGAGAAUUGGAAUUGGAAUUGCAUUUCGUCGUCCUUCCAUAUUUGUUGCUAGCCACUCAUUAGCCUAUCAAGCUUUAGUUCAGCAAGGUGUUGUUUUCUCUGACAGGCCAAAGGCUGCUCAGACCAGUGUAUCCAUUCACAGUAACCGAAUUAUCCUAACCACCCUCCCCUAUGGCCCAACAUGGCGCCUCCUUCGUCGAAACAUUGUAUCAGUUAUCCUCCACCCUUCUCGCACUAAGUCCUACUCUAAUGUCCGAUCUCGGGUACUCUCUACCCUUAUUCAGCAGCUCCGUUCUGAUUCUGAAGCCACACAAGUGAUUACAUUAAUUGAACAUUUUCGUUUUUCCGUGUUCUGUCUUCUUGUCCUGAUGUGCUUCGGGGACAAGAUAGAUCAGCAUCAAGUCGAACAGAUAAAAGAUGUACAACGAAGAUGGAUUCAAACCAUGGGUCGAUUUGUUAAUCUCAGUUUCUUCCCAAGAAUAAUUCAAAAGAUCAUUUUCAGGAAUCAAUGGAAGGAGCUCAUGCAAUUGAUGCAGGAGCAAGAGAGUGUAUUUAUACCACUGAUCGAGGCUCGAAUGAAACCAAAAACCGAGGAAGAUGUGGUGGCUUAUGUGGAUACAUUGCUGGAUUUGGAAUUCCCUGAGGAAAAAAGGAAGUUUAAUCAGGGAGAGAUUGUUAGCCUCUGCAGUGAGUUCCUCACCGGUGGCACCGAUACUACAUCCUCCUCAUUGCAAUGGAUUAUGGCUAACUUGGUUAAAUACCCUUGUAUUCAGGAAAAACUAUACCAAGAGAUAUGUGAGGUAGUGAGCAGAGAGAAUUCGAAGCCGGAUGGACUGAAAGAGGAAGAUCUAGAGAAAAUGCCUUACCUAAAAGCAGUGAUUUUGGAAGGUCUCAGGCGGCAUCCACCAGGUCACUUCCUGCAGCCACACACGGUGACCGAGGAAGUGGAACUCAACGGUUAUGUCAUCCCUAAGGAUGUAGCAGUCAAUUUCAUGGUUGCAGAUAUGGGUUUGGAUCCACAAGUGUGGGAGAAUCCCUUGGAUUUCAAUCCAGACAGGUUCUUAUCAGUGGGCGGUGACGAUAAGGAAGUGUUUGAUAUAACAGGGGUUAGAGAGAUCAAGAUGAUGCCUUUUGGUGCAGGGAGAAGAGUAUGUCCAGGCUAUGGCUUGGCUAUGCUCCAUUUAGAGUACAUUGUGUUACAACCUGAUUUCGAAAACUAA